AUGUGCAGGCCGGCCCUGCAGCCGCUCAUUAGCAUGGGUUUGUUUUGGAGACAGCUUUGGGGCUUCCGGCUGCAAGGUCUUUGGGGCAGGAGGGCCCUGGCCUGGGCUGGGGGUUUGUGGCCAGGAAGGGCUCCGCAGGCCACGGGCAUGAUGCUCCGGGUUCUGGUGGGGGCCGUCCUCCCCGCCAUGCUGCUGGCCGCCCCCCCGCCCAUCAACAAGCUGGCGCUGUUCCCGGACAAGAGCGCCUGGUGCGAGGCCAAGAACAUCACUCAGAUCGUGGGCCACAGCGGCUGUGAGGCCAAGUCCAUCCAGAACAGGGCGUGCCUGGGACAGUGCUUCAGCUACAGUGUCCCCAACACCUUCCCGCAGUCUACAGAGUCCCUGGUGCACUGCGACUCCUGCAUGCCAGCCCAGUCCAUGUGGGAGAUUGUCACGCUGGAGUGCCCCGGCCACGAGGAGGUGCCCAGGGUGGACAAGCUGGUGGAGAAGAUCCUGCACUGCAGCUGCCAGGCGUGUGGCAAGGAGCCGAGUCACGAGGGGCUGAGCGUCUACGUGCAGGGCGAGGACGGCCCGGGCGCCCAGCCCGGCCCCCACCCCCACCCCCACCCCCAUUCCCACCUCCACCCCAAAGGGGGGCAGACCCCUGAGCCCGAGGAACCCCCCGGGGCCCCCCACACCGAGGAGGAGGGGGCUGAGGACUGA